AUGGCCCAUGCCCCGUUACUCAGAAACAACACCGCCCCGGUCUUCCAGUCCAAUCUGAGCCGCGCCGGAGGUCUACAACAGAACAGCAUGAGCAAUGCGCCGCGCACCAGCCAGCUGUCGGGCUCCACAGCCUACGCUGGCUCGUCGUCGUCGUCGCUAAAUUCCCUGACCAGCGGCGGAACAAUCGUCCCUGGUCAGAAUGGCGGCCCCAUCGUCGCCACCUCCAACAUCAUCAACCAAAAGGCGGAUGCCUCACGCUCAUUGUACCAAAUAUGCGUCUCACUCAAGCAGCGCCUCGCCCAGGUGCCCGGCUUCGAGCCCUUCCUCGACCAACUCGACCCGACCGACCCCGUCGAUCCGCUUUGGAACCUCUUCCGCACAGGCUAUCCCCUGUUGGCAAUAUACAACUCGCUGCAACCCGCCGAACCCCUCAAAGUCGAUGACCCCAACGCUUCGGAAGCCAAGAAGUCCAAGAUUGCUAUCUUUCGCUUUGUCCAGGCGUGCAUGAAGGAGCUCCGCGUCCCUCCGGCGGAGAGCUUUGUCAUCACGGACCUGAUGGGAAAUGACACGAGCGGCUUCGUCAAGGUGACACAAGUUGUCAACUACGUUCUCGACCUCGCCGAAAGACGUGGUCUCUUGAUGCAGAGCCAACUAUUCCCCGAAGACGAGACCGUGAGCGCCGCCGCCGGCUCCCAGAUGAGCUACAGAGACCACAUCGUCAAGGAACUCGUCGACACGGAGCGCAAGUAUGUCCAAGACUUGGAGAACCUCCAUGACUUGAAGAAGGCCCUGGAGCAAAAGGGCGCGGUACCUGGCGACAUCGUCCACCAAAUAUUCCUCAACAUUAAUGCCAUCCUCGACUUUCAGCGUCGAUUCCUCAUCCGAGUCGAGACGGCAAAUUCGAUGCCCAAGGCCGUUCAGCGCUGGGGGGCGCCCUUUUGCUUCUACGAGGACGCCUUCGACAUUUACCAGCCCUUUAUUGCGAAUCAGAGAAAGGCGGCGCAAAUCGCGAAUCAAGUAUUCGACAAAAUCCAGCUCUCAGAUCACCCGGUCGCCGCCGACUUCAACACCCUCGAUGGAUUCCUGCUCAAGCCAAUGCAGCGGCUGGUCAAGUAUCCGCUUCUCCUCAAGGAUCUACACAAGAAGACUGAGGACCCCGAGACCAAGGAGGAUCUCAUGUCGGGUUGCGAGGCCGCGGAGCGGGUCCUGCACAAAGCCAACGAAGCGGUGAACCGAGACCUGCUGGAUGAAGCGUUGGAGGAAUUGAUCACGCGAGUAGACGACUGGAAGUCCCAUAGAGUGGAGUCGUUUGGGAAGCUGCUCUUGCACGGCGUAUACGGAGUCAUCACAGGCAAGAGUGAACAGGAGAAAGACUACGAGAUAUACCUGUUCGAAUGCAUCUUGCUGUGUUGCAAGGAGGCCUCUGCGUCCAGGAGCAAGGACAAGAAGGACAAGACACGGUCCUCGGGCCCAAAACUCCGAAACAAGAACGCAAAGCUCCAGCUCAAGGGCAGGAUAUUCAUGACUAAUGUGACUGACAUUGUGUCUCUUUCCAAGCCUGGUUCCUACAGCGUUCAGAUUUGGUGGAAGGGUGACCCCGGCGUCGAGAACUUUACGAUCAAGUUCCUUAACGAGGAGACCAUGAAGAAAUGGGCGGUUCGGCUCGAGGCGCAACGCAAGGACAAUGCUCCACGGCACUCAAUCAGCCAGGACGGCACCGACUUUUCCUGGACCCGAGACCAUGCGAGCGGGCUCGAAAACCCCUAUCUGCAUCAGGACGAUGACGAGGACGAGGACUUUGGCAUCAUGUCCGCCCCGGUGCAAUACUCGACAAUGUCUGCACAACCCAUGCCUCGUCGACCCUCGAGCUCGAACCUGAGGCAACGGUCCGCGACGGGCGAGAGCACGCAGUCUCUGGCCGGCAUUGCGAGGGCGCCGCCGCCACGCUUCCCGAUUCCUGCGCCUCCCCCGGCGCUGAGCCUCCAGACGCAGGGCAACGGUGCGCUGUCGCCCAGCACCCGCGGCGGCGACAGCUACUUCUCCCCCGUGGCCGAGUCUCCAGCGUCGUCGCGGACGAGCGCCGCCAGCGGCAUGUUCCCCGGCCCUCCGUACUCGUUCUCCAAGUCAGGCAUGCCGCAGCAGGCAUGGGACGACAGCAACCGCUACACGGCGCCAGCCAUGCCGCGCGCACCGUCCCGAGACGGCUCGUCGCCCAAUCCACACUCGAACGCCAGAAACCCCCGCGGCCCGUCGCUUCCCGCAAUGGCCACGCAAAGCCAGAGCGCUGCCCAGCAGCAGCGAAGUCGAUCCUACAGCACUCCCGACGUCAACGCGACGGGUAUGCCGCGACAACGGCAGCCCAGCCAGAGCCACAUACCGGCUGUGCCCGGCAUUCCGCAGCACCUCCAUCCGGCGCACGACCACAACAUCCCGAGAUCGCAGACUGGCUCUCCGCGCGGCGACAUGCCGAUCCGAACCAGCGCCCAGAGCCCCAGUGGCCAACACGGUCGGCUGCACAAACACUCUGGCAGUCUGGGCGGAACCAUGUCGCACUUUCCUGCGCAGCCGGCCUAUCCGCGACAGAACACCCCUGGACCUCCCGGAGGAAACGGACUUCGCGUGGACUCGACGGCUGCCAACUCGCGGACCGUGUCCCCGGCGCUGGGGACCGGCUCCAUCACGCCGCAGCCCGGCGCAAACUCGGAGAUGCCCCUGCCCACGCAACUCAAGGUUCGCGUCAACUGCGACAACGGCAACUACGUGACGCUCGUGGUCGCCUUCAACAUUACCUAUCAAUCGCUCAUUGAUCGAAUCGACGCCAAGCUCGCGCGGUUUAUGAGCAGCAGCAUCGGCAAGGGCGUGCUGAAACUGCGGUACCGAGACGAGGAUGGCGAUUUUGUCACGAUUGAGAGCGAUGAUGAUAUCCAGAUUGCCUUUAUGGAGUGGCGCGACGGGGUGCGAAACAUGUACUCGGGAGGCGUGGGAGAGAUAGAGCUCUUCUGCGUCGGUGAAACCACAUAA